GCGUUUACUACUGCAGCGGUGCGUGGAGCGGCCACAGUGAACACAGACUGUCAGCCCGGGAGCAGUCAGGUUCCGCUCUGGAUAUCACUGGACAGCAAACCGAUCGGAUGUGCAAUAUGACUUUUGAAGAAAACAGUGGAGAUAACUCUUCAGAAAGGAUGGAAUCAGUGGCUAAAGCACUAGAGGAGGUCCUGAGCUCUGCAUUGCCUCAAGGUUGCAUCACUGUUGGCGUGUAUGAAGCAGCCAAGUCACUAAAUGCAGAUCCAGACAACGUGGUCCUGUGUCUGCUGGCCACAGACGAUGAAGAGGAUGUGGCCCUCCAGAUUCACUUUACCUUAAUCCAGGCUUUCUGCUGUGAAAAUGACAUAAACAUCCUGCGGGUGAGCAACAUGAGGCGUCUGGCAGAAAUCCUCGGUGGGGUGAAGCCUGGAGGUGACCUGGACCUGCACUGUGUUCUUGUUACUAACCCUCAGUCGUCCCUGUGGAAAGAUCCUGCACUGAGCAAAGUGAACAGAUUCUGCAGAGACAGUCGCUGCUUGGAUCAGUGGGUGCCAGUCAUUAACCUGCCAGACCGAUGAAACCGCUUGGAUUGUAAAUGUAUUGUGUGCAUCAGGAGAAAUUAACUGCACAAGGCCUGCGUUAAUGUCUGUGUUGGACUCCUUUGGAAAACUGCCCCAGAGGGACGGGAGGGGCCAGAGGGGAAAAAAAAAAUAAGAAAAAACACAAGGAAGAGAAAUGUACCAGCAAAUUUACCAGGUCAGUGUGAGUUUGUGGGCAAAGGAAGAGUGACUCAGCAGACUGGGUUCCAGGAUUUCCAGUGUGUGACUGCGCCUUUCUCUGCCGAGAAAGAAGCCUUUACAGGAAACUGAAUCAUGUGAGGAAGACGAGCACACGUGGUGGUGAGCUCAAGUGCAGAAGUGGGGAAAAGCAGACAGAGAGCCUCAGUUGACAAGACGCCAAGAAGUGGACCACACCAGUCGGAGCUCUGUUUGAAAGAUUCCUGAAGACAAUUUGACCAAAUCCAAGCAUUUCUUUAACAGCACAUUUAUUUAAUACUAUUUAAGAUUUGUCACUUUGAUAUUUCAAAAGGGAAAUUUUAUUAGUCACAGUUUAUUAUAAUUAUUAUUUUAUUAUUAUUAUUAUUAUUAUUAAGGACAAUGCAAUGUUUUGACUUGUCCACUAACUGAUGUUUUUAUGUGUCAAUAAUUUAACGGAUUAUAUUUAUUGUGCAUAGUUCAUGGAAUAUUGCCUUGUUAAGUUGAAUGAAAUAAAAAACGACAAAACAAGUCA